AUAUCCUUACAAUCAAAUUGAGGACGUGUGCCAGCUUGGAUCACUUAUGCAGAGCUGUUAUGAAACAAAGUUGACUGCUUUGUGUGGUAGAGCUGGAGGGGACUUCUACAGCAGGUUAAUCUGGGAAGAGUUGGAGGGACGAUUUUUCGCUUAUGGCUGUAAAUUGGAGGAGGAAAAACAUAAAGUAAGCUGGAAAAAAUGUAAUCUACUUACUGAAUGCUUGGAGGAUGAAAUACGCAGCUUACUAUAUAAAUUUUACAACAGCAUGGACAAUACAACACUCACAGCCUUUUGUUAUGAAUUUAAUACAUAUACCAAUUGCUUGGCAAUACACAAAGACUGUGACAAUACCAUGAUUGUAGAUUUCUAUGAGAAGGAUGUUACAGCUGGACACUAUUUGUGCACCGAUGAAGUGAAAAAAGCUGUUGAAGCUCUGACAGCUUCACAGUGCCUCAUUGAUGAGAACAAGAAGAAGAAGGUUGAAAAUGCGGUUAAUGUUUGUUAUAACACCUACACAACUGAUGAAGCAAAUGACAAUGCAGAAAUGUGCAGAAUUCUGAACAAAAUGAAGGACUGUUAUGAUUUGGAACUGACAGCUGUUUGUGGUAAAAUUGGAGGGGAAUUCUACAGCACAUUUAACUUUGAGAAUGAGGAAGGAUACUUUUACCAAAAGAAUUGUAUUAGGAACGAGCUUGCAACAGAACAUUGAAAUUUGAGAAAGGCAGGAUAAAAUACGGAUUUCGAUGGUACUUAUAUACAAUGUAUCUGCCAAUAAAAGUAUAGAUACC